GUUGAAAUCUAAGGCUAUUUUUAGAGUUUGACAUGCAUAAAAUGGCCCUCUGAAUCCCAAUUUGAAAUCAUUCACAUAUCUACCCACUCCCGGAAAAAUGCAGAGGAGUUCAAGAUUGGGAAGCGUCAUCGUUCUGUUGGUGCUGUUUUGUGUGGCUGCCAGCCAUCUUGCCUUGGCCUUUACUGAUGGACUACUACUCAAUGGCAACUUUGAAUUGGCACCCAAGUCAACGGACAUGAAAGGAACGGUUGUACUAAAAUCCAAUGCAAUACCAGAGUGGGAAAUUUCUGGCUUUGUUGAGUACAUAAAGGCAGGGCAAAAGCAAGGUGACAUGCUGCUAGUGGUUCCUCAGGGUUAUGCUGCUGUUAGGCUAGGAAAUGAGGCGUCGAUUAAGCAAAGAUUAAAUGUUACGCCAGGAAUGUUCUAUUCGUUAACAUUUUCUGCUGCACGUACGUGUGCACAAGAUGAGAGGCUGAAUGUGUCCGUGGCACCAGAUUCUGGUAUGCUACCAAUUCAAACAGUUUAUAAUAGUGAAGGUUGGGACUCGUAUGCUUGGGCAUUUCGAGCAUCCUCUAGAGUGGUUGUGAUAAUACUUCACAAUCCAGGAGUCGAGGAAGAUCCAGCAUGUGGACCACUGAUUGAUUCGAUUGCCAUUCGCGCUCUUUACCCUCCCAAACCGACUAAUCAAAACCUACUGAAAAAUGCGGACUUUGAGGAAGGUCCAUAUAUCUUGCCUAACACAAGUUGGGGAGUCCUUAUCCCGCCUAACAUUGAGGACGAUAACUCUCCUUUACCAGCCUGGAUGGUCGAAUCUCUCAAAGCUGUCAAGUACAUCGAUUCUGAUCAUUUCUCGGUACCACAAGGCAAACGAGCAAUUGAACUCGUUGGUGGAAAGGAAAGUGCCAUCGCACAAGUGGCGCGAACCAUUGUUGGCAAAAUUUAUGAGCUCACAUUUUCGGUAGGAGAUGCUAGCAACUCUUGUGAAGGAUCCAUGAUUGUUGAAGCAUUUGCCGGCAAAGACACUAUUAAGAUUCCUUACGAAUCCAAGGGCAAAGGCGGGUUUAAACGUGCUGUGCUUCGUUUUAAAGCUGUUGCGACUAGAACCCGUGUCAUGUUCUUGAGCACGUACUACCAUACAAGCAGCAAAGACUUUGCAUCGCUUUGUGGCCCUGUCGUUGAUGACGUGAAGCUGCUAAGUGUUCGGAAUCCACGAAGACUUGUGUGAUUGGAGCAAACCUAAUAAUGGCCUAAGUCUUUGGUUUAUACUAAAAUGUUUUUGGCUGUAAGGAAGAGUGAUGUUUAAUUAUACUUGCAUUUUACUAUUAGCAAUACUUCCAUACAAUUUAAGUCAUGUAGUAUAUAUACAGAAGUGUGCGACUAUUGUUAAAUGUUCUUGCAGCAUAAUAAACUCAGAAUUUAAAGUAAUUGGGAUGGUAGUCUUGUUA